CCGGGCGAUGGCGCGGAGCCGGCUGGCUUACGAGUACACGGAGGCGGAGGACAAGAGCAUGCGGCUGGGUUUCCUCCUCAUCGCCGCCGGCUUGCUUUCCCUGCUGGGUUUGGGUUGCUGCUGGCUGCGCCCGGCGCUGCAGGAGCGGGGCGGCGGCGGCUCCGCCAACUGCACGGUGCUGGCGGUGCGGCAGCUGGGGGAGCGCUUCGCCUGCACCUUCUCCUGCGGGGCCGCCUGCCGCGGUACCGCCCGCUACCCCUGCCUCCAGGUCCUGGUCCGCACCUCCCGCUCCUCCGCACCCGCGCUGCUCCACGAAGACGAGCGGCAGCUCCGCACCAACCCCAAGUGUUCAUACAUCCCUCCCUGUGCAAGAGACGAUCAGGAGAACUCUGAGAACGUCACGUACAAGCAGAAAUACUGGAAAGAGAAAGUGGGUUUGCAACCAUUUACAUGCUAUUUUAACCAGCACUUGAGGCCAGAUGAUGUGAUGCUGAAGCGCACCCAUGAUGAGACUGUCCUCUUGCACUGCUUCCUCUGGCCUCUGGUUACGUUCCUGGUUGGAGUCCUCAUCGUUGUCCUGACCGUCUGUGCCAAGAGCUUGGCUGUCAGGGCAGAGGCAAUAAAAAAGAAGAAGCAUUUGUAA